GGAACCGCGGCCCGCCAGGGAGAGGGGCGGGCGUGCCUCCCCGGGACUGCUGGGCCCUGAGGGUUAAGCCCAGGGGGCGGGGCCCGGGGGCCAUCUUAGCUGUGGGCGGAAGUUUCCUUCGGAGAGCCGGUGAGGGGAAGUUGUUGCCGCCCCCCGGGCGGGCGGCGCGAUCUCGAUUUGGGGAUGGGGAAGAAAAGCACGGGAACUGGCUGCCUCCCAAACAAACGAGGGCAGGUGGCUCCGGGCACGGCCCACCCGGGCGCCCGCCGGAUUGCUGUUCCGCCCCAGCGUCUCGGCCUCCCGCUGCCUCUAGUAACCCGUGGCACCCGUAGGCGGCGCGGCGCGGGGCUGCGGGGCUGGCGGGGCCAGACCCUGCGCAUUUAGCGUAGCGAACGGCGCCCGCGCAGACGCAGGCGCAGGCGCAGGCGCAGGAGGGGGCGGAGCAGCGGGAGCCGGGGAGCUGGGGAGCCGGAGCCCCGGGUCGCAGCGACCAGAGCCGGCUCCCCCAGCGGCGUCCUGAGGACCCGGCGUCGGCCUCCUCCCGCACCCUCCGAGGCUGGAGAGUGGAUGAAGUGGGGGGUGGGGUGGGGGCAGCGUCCGGAAUUCCGAGGACAGGAGGCAGAGGCCAUCCCCAAUCCGGAUUAUUGGAAGGGAGAGAGACCCCCAGUUUGGGGAGGGGGAGAGCUGGGCGUUGAGCGUGCCCGGCAGCGGGCGCUGCCUUUAGCGGAAGGGUAUCUGCCGGCUCUCCCCCUCCAGCCGGGACGACUCGAACAAGCAAGGCCAGGGACCCCUGUCCUUCAUUCUCUGCACCCCCUCGCCCUGGCUCUGGGGCUGGCCCAGGGAGGAGACCCUGCCCACUUCCCGCCUCUGCCCUCCACAGGGUCUGUCCUUCCACUUCCCAGAGUGAGGGGCCCAGGCCCCAGGCUGCCUGUGUCCCGCUGCAAGGGCAGGGUCCCUCUGUUGAGGGGGAAGGGCCUGGCCAGCUGCAGCUUCUUCCCUCCUGAGCUCCCCAUCUCUGUCGCUGCACCCUGCAACUCCCAUCCCUCCAUAUUUAUUUCCCUGGCCCCCUGCCAGCCCUCCAUCUCUUUCUCUGGGAUUCAGGCCUCCCUGACAUGGAGAGUAACCUGUCUGGCCUGGUGCCUGCUGCUGGGCUGGUCCCUGCGCUGCCUCCUGCCGUGACCCUGGGGCUGACUGCGGCCUACACCACUCUGUAUGCCCUGCUCUUCUUCUCCGUAUAUGCCCAACUCUGGCUGGUGCUCCUAUAUGGGCACAAGCGUCUCAGCUAUCAGACAGUGUUCCUGGCACUCUGUCUGCUCUGGGCUGCCUUGCGCACCACCCUCUUCUCCUUCUACUUCCGAGAUACCCCCCGAGCCAACCGUCUGGGACCCCUGCCCUUUUGGCUUCUCUACUGCUGCCCUGUCUGCCUGCAGUUCUUCACACUGACACUUAUGAACCUCUACUUUGCCCAGGUUGUGUUCAAGGCCAAGGCGAAGCGCCGGCCGGAGAUGAGCCGAGGCUUGCUGGCUGUCCGAGGGGCCUUCGUGGGGGCCUCGCUGCUCUUUCUGCUGGUGAACGUGCUGUGCGCUGUGCUGUCGCGCCGGCGCCGGGCACAGCCCUGGGCCCUCCUGCUGGUGCGAGUCCUGGUGAGCGACUCCCUCUUUGUUAUCUGCGCACUCUCUCUUGCUGCCUGCCUCUGCCUGGUCGCCCGGCGGGCGCCCUCCACCAGCAUCUACCUGGAGGCCAAGGGGACCAGUGUGUGCCAGGCAGCUGCGAUGGGUGGCGCCAUGGUCCUGCUCUACGCCAGCCGGGCCUGCUACAACCUGGCGGCCCUGGCCUUGGCUCCCCGGAGCCGGCUGGAUGCCUUCGAUUAUGACUGGUACAACGUCUCUGACCAGGCGGACCUGGUGAAUGACCUGGGGAACAAAGGCUACCUGGUGUUUGGCCUCAUCCUCUUUGUGUGGGAGCUGCUGCCUACCACCCUGCUGGUGGGCUUUUUCCGGGUGCACCGGCCCCCACAGGACCUGGUCUUUGGCGCCCGUUCCUACUUCUUUGACCGGGCCGGGCACUGUGAGGACGAGGGCUGCUCCUGGGAGCACGGCCGUAGCGAGAGCACCAGGUGCUGGGACCAGGUGGCCACCACCACAGUCUCUACUCCACUCCACAGACGUGAUCCCCUCUUAUUCUCCCCCUUGAACACCCAGACCCCAGUCCUCCAAUCCCAGGCCCCUGUGCCAAGUACAUUUGCCGCUUCUUGCCCAGGAUCAUGGGAGGCUGUGGCCACCUCUUCCCCUGGCCGGCUCCUUGCUACUCCUGUCAUAGUGAGCUUAUGCUGUCCCCUAGGAUGGGGGGCAUGGCCCUGGCUGCCAGAUGCCCGCAGCACCUUGGCAUGACCUGCCGCCUCCACUUCUGCACCGGAGCCGGCUACCUCUCCUGCACCUGCCCCUCAAUAAACAGUCUCUGUGCCCCUCAUCA